AUGCAAGUUUCAGAUGGACCGGAUCUUCCAUAUCGGGGUACUACGCCGCAAGCACGGGCAGCUUACACGCAAUCCUGGGCAACUGGCGCUGCCAAAGGUCACCAACGUCAUAAUGAGCAUGCCCAUGCUGGGGCAGUUGAAGACGAGACGUUCCUCACGAACACUAAUUUGGAUAGUGAUCCGGGACCACAACGUCGUACGAGACAACACCGGAGCACAGCACAAUUGGAAAAGCGGUACGGCAUUGCCGAUCCGGCCAAGUGGGACGAGUUCAGCCGAUCGCUCAUGCAGCAGCAGCGUUUGUCCUCCUUCAUUGCCAAAGAUGACCACGAACGGGAACCUGUCCAGCAAUUUGAGGUUCCUUCACGGACUUCCAGCCAAAAUCGUGCUUUGAACCGCUUCGCGAGAGCCCUGGAGAAGUAUGCGGAUGUGGCUGGGGCAGCAGGCAGGGCAGCAAUCAUGACACCAACCACAUCCGAGUCGAAAGUAUCGUACCACACCGUACAGCCAUUAAUGCCCUAUCGCGAGGAGUUUCAAGCUGCUGGUUUAGCAGUCACAUCCGCGGAGCAGAGAGAGCGUUCACCUCGAAAAGCGGCCGUGGAUUUACGCCACGCGGGUCGGAGUGCAAGGGCUAGUGUAUCCGGGCUGCCUACCGUCAGAGUCGAUGGCCAGAACGAGGUUGCGCGAAGCGGCUCAUCAAUUUCCAGCACGGGGUCUUUCGUGCGGUCCACUCCGCCAAAUGGCCACAUAACACACCCAUACGUACCGUUGCCCACGCCACAACUCAAGAACAACCGGAAAUCCGGAACCCAGGAGAAGCGAAAAUUCUUUCCUUGGUUCAGAAAGAAGUCGCCUUGGACCAAAGCAGGUGGUGCUCAUCAUCCCGAGGCGCAGAAAACCCCCCAAUAUAUCGAGCAUGGCCCAGUUCAGACCAAGAUGACACUGCCCCCUUUACCUGAUCGAAGAGAGUAUCAAGAUGCUCAAUAUCGAACGGGCCAGGAAAUUCAGGCAGAACAAUCUGUGCCACGUGCACCCCGGCGGCCAUUGCCAAAGAGGGCCAUCACCCCCAAAAAAGAGGCAUUGGUCGCACUAACACCCAGUGGCAUUGAGCAACGAGAUCGAGGUCCUCACUUUGAAUCUCGAACGGUGCAACCUCCCGGGAAUGUUCAGCCGAAGUUGCUUAGGAGUGUCAUGACCCCAAGCAAAGAGGCAUCCGUCGUAUUGACACCCAGUGGCAUUGAACAACGAGAUCGAGGCCCUCACUUUGAACCUCGAGCCGAGCGACCUCCCGGGAAUGUUCGGCCGAAGUUGCUUAGGACCCCAAAGAAAAAUGCAUUCGUCGCACUAUCGCCCAGUGGCAUUGAGCAACGUGAUCGAGGCCCUCACUUUGAACCUCAAACGGUGCGAUCUCCCGGAUAUUUUGAUCCGAGAUGGUCCGUUCCGGAUGGCCCACAAGGGAAGAGAGAAAUGACGCAAGCCCGUCCGCCGCGGCCUCACCCGGCGACUAUCGAGACGAUCCAGGAAGAAAAAGAGGCCACACCUAGUCGUGGUCAACAGGCCGCAAACCACCAAGCGAUACGCAAACGUCAGGGUAAGGCAGUCGCGGCUAAAGGUACUCGCCAAGACUCCGCCCCUGUCUCCCCAGAGAGCCGUGAUUCUUCUAUUCCCUCUUUGCCAUACGCCGCGAAGCAUGCAGUUAGCACUGCCUCAUCUUUGGAACGAGCAUUGGACGCUGUAUCUCGAGACCUUGAUGAGCGAGAGCAGCAAGUAGACAAGCAAACACAUGUACGCACUCACCAUCCGGCUCUUGCAGAGACGACGAACCAGCACACGAAAUCAAGUCGGCAAGGUGAAUCUGGUUACCGAACAUCACAACACCGCCUUUCCCGUCAACCACACCGAAACGAGAAAUUCAUAUACGUAGAUCGAUUAAUGCCCCCAGUGGAGUCGCUCCCCCUGAACUCUAAGCCACUGCCCCCCUCACCCAUUCGUCAGCCUCCAUCCGCACCACACACUCCACAGGCGGACGAGGAGCUGCAUGAAGACACGAAGUCGGACCAGUCCCGGACAGAGGAGAUUCUGCAGGACUUGGACGUGUUCUUUGACAACGAGGAUGUGGACAUCAAGGACAGGGAUGUCAUCAAGGGGCUCCAUGUAGCCGUUCAUGCAGCGGCAGACGACUCGUACGACGCGUAUAUAAGGCACAAAACCGGACUGAGGAUACGGCGGUUUUUGGCAGAUCUGAAGGCAGUUGACGAGGUUAAAAUAGAAGCUGCUGCAGAUCAGGCAGCUAGACAGCGCCGCACGGAGUACAGGAGGCUCCAGCGCAUAAAGGACCGGAAAGUCAAGCGAUGA